AUGCAAGCAAUUGAAUAUCACGGAAAUCAAACCAUCAAAUACGUCAACGAUCGUAAAGAACCCACAAUCACUCAUCCUCAUGACGUCAAAAUAAAAAUCAAAUAUUCCGGAAUUUGUGGAUCAGACCUUCAUGAAUUCGUAGAGGGCCCCGAAAUAUUCAAAAAAUCCCAUACUCAUCCUGAAGGACAAGUAAUGGGUCACGAAUUCCUGGGAGAGAUUGUCGACAUGGGGCCAGAAGUAUCUAAUCUCAAACUUGGCCAACAUGUCGUCGUAGAAGCUAAUGGCACCUGUAGAGACCGGCCCGACAUUGAAGGCGAAUGUGAUGCCUGUUCUCAAGGAUUAUAUAAUUGUUGUGAAAAUCUUACCUUUUAUGGUCUUGGGUUUAGAGAUGGUGGAAUGGCGGAGUAUUGUGUGGUGAAGGAUAAUCAUGUUGUUCCUUAUCCUAAUGAGAUUAUUCCUGACGAUGUUGCUGCUUUGAUUGAACCUUUGGCGGUUGGUUGGCAUGGGGUUACCACUUCAGAUAUCGUUGAUGAACCUAAUAAAGAUACUUGUGCUUUGAUUAUUGGUGGGGGGACAAUUGGAUUAAGUACCGUUUUUGCAUUACGUAGUCAUGGAAUUAAGAAUAUUGUAUUGACAGAACCUAGUGAAACUAGAAGAGAUCUUGCUUCAAAACUUGGUGUUAAGGUGUUUGAUCCAUCUCCAUUCAAGGAUGUUGAGUCAACAGCUCAAGAAUUGAGAAAAUUAAGUCAUGAUGAUGCCGGAUUUGAUCGAGUUUAUGAUUGUGCAGGGACUAGAGAAACUUUUAGGACUAUGUUGUCAAGUUUGAAAACUGGAGGAGUUGCAACUGAUAUUGCCCAUCGUGCUCAUACCAAUUUCAAUGUUUGUCCAGUUCAUUCAAUGGCACAUGAGUAUACUUUAAUCGGUAGUCAAUCUUAUAGAAGAGAAGAUUUAGAUUCGGUGUUGAAUGCCUUUAAAUCGGGUGAGUAUGAUCCUAGAGAAAUUCAAAUGUUGAUUACUGAGAAGAAAAAGUUACUGGAUGCCGUUGACACAUUUGCCGAAUUAUCAGCUAAUAAAGAUGCUAAUGUCCUGGUAUUGUUACAACCAUAG